AUGACCUUCAAAGCAUCCCAGCCUGUCUCUCAGAAUUUAUACACAGGACAGGAGGAACAUAAGAGCUUAUCUUCAUCAUGAAUGUUUUUGGCUUGAUACCAAUUGGCCUCAUACUGUUGUGCACCACCACCAUCUCCAGUCUUCAGUGUAAUCACCUUCCUUUACAGCAAAGAAAAAUGAUCGAGAACAGCCUGCAACUUUUGGACAAAAUGGGCAAAAAGUUUCCUCAACAAUGUCUAAGAGAGAAAAUGUCCUUCAGAUUUCCUGAGCAGGUUCUAAAGCCCAGACAGAAAGAGGCUGUCAAAGUGGCCAUUGAAGAGAUCUUCCAACACAUCUUCUAUAUCUUUAGUAGAAAUCUGACUCUAGCUGCUUGGGAUGGGACAGCUAUAGAACAAUUCCAAAAUGGACUUUAUCAGCAAAUUGAGCAAUUGGAGGCAUGUGUAACCAAGAAGCAGACCCACUACUUUCACAGUAAAGAAGUCAACAGGCUGAAACUGAAAAAGUACUUCCAAAAAAUAGACUGUUUUCUUAAAGACAAACAACACAACCUGUGCUCCUGGGAGAUCAGCCGUGCAGAAAUGAGGAGAUGUCUUCAAUUGAUUGAUAAAGUUGUAAGGAAGCUUAACAACUAAGGUACAAAGAUUUUGACCUGUCAUAACUUAGCUUUAAAAAUAUUUAUAUUUAUUAUUUGUUCUAUGAUCUAUCUUGUGGCAGUGCUUCCAGUUCAUUUUGAUUGUAUUUAAAUAAUUAUGCUGCCGAAAUUUAUUUUUGCAAAUGUAAUGCAUUAUUCAAUGUACGUGAAUUUUUCCCUUGGUAAGCAAGCUGUCUACCCUAGCUAUAAAUUAAUCUAUAUGACUUUUUAGUGAGGGUUACUCCAUAGGAAGGGAUUAUAAUCUU